GGUGCGGAGCGGUGCGGUGCGGAGCGGGGCGGCGGGGAUUUAAGAGCGGAGGGCGCCGGGGCGAGGAGCGGUGCGGAGAGGAGCAGUGCCCAUCGCCAGAGGCCGGCUUGGCUCCGAGGUGCAGGUCCUGGCACCGCGGGAGGACGAGAGCCCGGAGCAUGCUCGGCACAGAGAAGGCUGGAAAAGAAGGGGCUUGUAAAUCGUCGUCUUCUCAGAGUCACUGGAAGCUGAAGAUGGAUAUUAAGCACGUGAAGGACUAUAUCUACUGGCUGUACUACCAGUACCUGCUGAUCACCUGCAGCUACGUGCUGGAGCCCUGGGAGCAGUCCAUGUUCCACACCAUCACCGUGACUGUUUUCGCUAUGGUGGUGUACACCGCUUACGUCUUCGUCCCCAUCCACGUCCGCCUGGCUUUUGAGUUCUUCUCCCAGAUAUUCGGGGGCCAGCCCGACAGCACGGUUUCCAUCGUGAACUGAACUCGCCCGAGUAGUGAUUAGCAGCUCUUGCAGCGGGUGAAACGCAAUGGCUUCCACAAUUCUGUGUAUUUAUUCUGAAGGAGUUUUGCAGUGAUGAAAACCCCACUCUAUCUUACAAAAUAUGGCUUGCUUAAUUACCAUAGCUGAAAACCAGAAUAAUGCACUGACUGCUGGCUGCACGGUCCCAGCUGAAUUAAACACAGGCCUGCUUCUGUUGUGUGAUACUGGAACACGUCAUCUGGAAUGCAACACUUACCUAGUAUUAAAGCAGCUCACUCUAAGCAAAAUAUUCAUGUACGAUGAGUCCCCUGCUUUCAAGACCAUCUUCUAGUCUCUAACAUCUCCAGGACUUUCUCUGUUGUAACAGAAGGCAGGUAGUCAGAGUGGCAUGGUUUUAAAGCGCGUGGUUUUCUACACCUCCAGCACCCCAGCUGAAUCGUGCUGCCAUACAGGGAGCAGCAGAGGCUGCUUGCGAUGGCUGUGAGGAAGAGCAUUGCGCUGGUUUUACCGAAAGAAGUUCUGCCAGCAAAAUGGCAAAAUACAUUGUGCUGCGAGGAUGUCAGGAGAUGAGUAAAACAAAGCGUGAUCUGAGUGCUAGUAUCUGUUUUUUGACUUCUGGUUUUUCAUGUCUGGGAGAGGAAAUUAGAAGAGAGAGUAAUAGGAGUACAAAGUUGAAUCCAGCUUUUUGCGUUGCAUCUGUUUAGAUGGUCUGAGAUAGCAAAAAAGAAAAACAGGUUAUAGGCAAUCUUGCAGUUUACUGAAAAGGACAGAAAGAAACAGAAUUGUGCCUGUGUCACUGCACUCCUGCCCCCUUUGAGCGAAUCCGAGACAUCUUUUCUUUCUGCUCCCAUUCACUAAGGCAAGCAAAGUGCAUGCUGCACCAGGGGAAGAUGAUCCAGUAAAUAGAGUGGAAGUAACAUUUUAACAACUGCAGGGAAGUCUGAGUGCUUAACGACAUCUCCUUUAUAAAGAAGAAAUGAGAUUUAUUUUAAUUGCCUGUGGGAAGUUUCUCAAACAAUGGAAGGUUUGUUGCUUUUUCACUCUACAUCCAAAUCAAGAAUCAAUGCCAAAUCACGUGAGUUAUACAGUGCAUGUAUCUAACAGCUGAUGCUGCUGUUAUUAAAAUGAGAGGUGUAAAAUGUAAAUAGCUUCAAAUGAUGUUUGCACACUUACAGGAUUAAAAUAAAAUUCUUUUUCAAGCUGUAGUGCUUAAAAGAAUGAUGCCUUCCUAAAUUUGUUUGGAAACGAAGACAUGUUUUGAAGGUUGAGCAGAUCUGAACAUGUGUAUGCAGUUUUUCCGAAAACAAUAAAAUUUUAUUCUUUGGAAACAAUA